AUGAUAUCUCAAGCUACACCUGCUUCUACUCCAAUGAGAAAUACUUCAAGCAAUCAACAACAACAAAAUAAGAAACUUCCACUCAUUGUCGAUGUUGCUAUUGAUACCAAUGGUAAACAACUUUACCAAGUUCAUGAAUCUUCUAAAUUGGUUAGAAAAGAAAUGCCAAGGUCUACCAAUUUUGCUAUAAAUAAUGAAAUUACCGAUCAUGAUGCUAGUUAUUUUGUAAGUCAGCAACAACAACUGCAACAAGCCGCUUCUGCUGAUGAUAGAUCUACUCCUGUUAGAAAAGUCUUGGGUACUUUAUCUCCUUCUAGUCUUAAUCAAAAGAGAACUCAUGAUGAUAUGCUUCAUCAUCAUCAUCACCACCAUGACGAUGCUAAUAAUAAUAAUAGUAAUAGUAAUAAUAUUGAUGGUCAAAUACAUGACGAUAAACACAAUGGUGGAGGUAUGAUGUCUCAUAAUAAUCACUUAUAUGGAAGUAUGGUUGGUGAAAAUUAUAAUGGUAGUGCUAUAGCUAACCACAAUAAUUAUAAUGCUCAUGAAUUACAACAUAUACCUACAGGUGCAUUUUCACGUGUUCAAGAUAAUGACAUUUGGUCCGAUGAUGUUGAACAAGCUUUUGAAGAAGUCUUGAGACUCAUCCCUAAAAAUGGUUUAAAUAAAAUCAAGAUUGCUGGUAGAUCAUGUGGUAGAAAUGAAUUGAUUUCUGAUUAUAUCUUCACCAAGACCGGUAAAUACAGAACAAGAAAACAAGUUUCAUCACAUAUUCAAGUUAUUAAGAAUUUGGGUCAAAAACUUGAUAUUAUUCAAUUGAUUAAUGAUGGUCCAAUGUUUGCUAGCAAAGAAGAACAAAUACAAUCUGCUAAAAAAUUUGAAGAAAUUUUUUCUAAAAUCAAUUUAAACAAAUCAUUAGGUUUCAGUGAUUCCAUGAAGAGAAAAAGUCCUCAUGAUGGUUCUUUCGGUAUGCAUUUACCAGCUACUAAAAGAAUUAGAAGAAAGAAUUCUGGUAAUCCUUUGAACAAAAUCAAGUUCAGUAACUUUUUCAUGUCGGUUAAUGAUCAAUAUUCCAUGAAUCCAAUUGUUUUAACUAUUCAACAAAAUAACAAUGAUGUCAAGAGCUUGAAAUUAAAAGACAAUGCCAAUAUCUCCAAUAGAUUUCCCGGUUUAAAUGAUUUCAAGAAUUGUUCACAUAUUCCAAUUAUUCACAACAUGGUUAAAGUGUUGUUGCCACAAUUACCAGCUACAUACAAUAUUGAUUCUGGUUUCAAUUCAAGUUAUGCUUUGAAGUAUGAACAACCAGGUAAUGUUACUCCAACUCAUGCUAGUAUUAUUUCUACUGCUAACACAUAUAGCUCAUUCACAUGUAUUUAUUCCUAUGGUAAAGAAGUUUUGAAAUUUGAUGAAGAUGGUAUCAAGUUGAAUCAAGAUCGUGAUUUCUUGACUAGAUUCUGGAAAUUUUUCUUUGGUACUUUGGUUGACAAGAAUGAAACAGAUAUUAAUGUUGCUUUUAAAGGUAUCACCAUCAAGCAAAUCAUUUACGAAGCUAGUCCAGAUAGUGUCAAACAAGAAGAUGAUGCAAGUAAAGUUUGCAAACUGAAGGUUAAAUUGGUUUUACUUUGGGAAUUUGCUAAAGUUAAUGAAUGUAAAGAUGCUUUAACUACUACUACAAAGAUUGUCUUGCCACCAAGAAUCCUGUCUUCAAACUCUGAUGUCACUCAACAAGUUUUUGAAUAUUCUCAACCUGCCAUCAAUUCCAUUGAAGCUAGCAACACCACUACCAAUACUACUUCAAGCAGUGCUCCAAGUUCUUCUUUAGAUUUGAACAACCAUAAUAUGAGUGCAUCCACUGUUCCUUCUUCUGCUUAUAGUACUGGUUUCCAUUCUGCACCUGCAUCUGCUGUUGGUGAAACUGUUCCACAACAACAAGUAUUCAAACCACAAGUCAAGUUGCAAAAGAAGUUCCAAACUUUACAACAUUUACAACCACAACAUAUGGUUCAACCAGCACCACUACAACAACAGCAACAACAACAACAACAACAACAACAAUUUGCCGUUAGAAAUGGAGGUUAUGGUACUCCACAAGCUAAUAUUAAUACAUCUCCUUAUGCACAAUAUUCGAUGCCGCCACCACCACCUCCUCCAACUCAAGCUCAAGUUUAUGGAUCUUCAUACACUCAUCAUAGUAAUAUGGAUCUUAUGAUGCUUUCAUCUGUUCAAAAUGGUACUUAUACUGGAGCUAUUGCUGUUGGUGUUUCCAACGGUGGUGCAGAAUCUAGCAACGGUUCCGAAUACCAAUUAGGAGGAUCAAUUGGAUAUUCUGAAGGAUUUGCUGGCGAAUUUUAA